AUGACUUCAAAGGUACCAUCUGUACCCAAUCUUGUCCGCCCGGUCAGGGCAUACUUUGGUGGCCUUCGCGAGCCAUCUCCAAAGGUGGACCUGGAGUCUCAACUCCCAGAGCCCAAGGUCCAAAAAUACUAUGAGAGCGACAUUCCAGGAGGCUGGAAGUUGCUUCACAAAAGCAUACCGUUGUGGCUGCCAAAAGAAAAGCGCGACGAGUUGAAGAAGGAGAAACGCGAACGUUGGGAAGUUCUCAUAGUCGGGGUCAUCCUGGUUGCUGUUCUUAUUUUCCUCUGUGUCGGACUGGCGAUAGUGGUUCAUCAAGAACCUCAGCCUCGUCCAGAUGCUAUUGAGUGCAAGGCUGUGGAGACUCAGGAGCAUCACAGCAUUGAGGAUUUCCUUGUCCGGGUUCCCGAGGAGCUGGAGGCGCAGAUAAAGGCCUGGGGCUAUGUACCAGUCAAGGCCGAGGUGGCUGAGGACACUCAUUGGCGGCUCAUCGCAAUCACGGCUCCUUCAAAGCGCCGUAAGGUUUCGCCAGAGGUGAGUAGUAGCCCUGGUGAGGGUUGGCUGCGGCAAAGAGCCCGGCCAAGUUCAACAUACGGACGAAAGAGCUUGUCAACGUCGCCUGGCCGUUACUACGUGCCAGCCCACCUGCUCAGUUCAUCUGGGCAGUACCGGUCGCAGUCAGCUGGCCGUUCCCCAACUCCCGCAACCGCGACCGCUGGGCUGAGCAUCUCCAGCGACCACUCCGACAUGCACUCCGAGCCUCAAGAUCGUUCCUUGUUCCACUUCGGCACCGAUGGCAACCGUUCCCCCUCCCCGGAGGCCUCUCCCGGCUCAAAGAGACCAGCAUCCGAAAUCAGCGAUUCCGAACCCGAAGGCGGCGUGAGCACGGCGGUGGAGGAUGAUACCGUAGUCUCGAGUUCGAUCGAUGAACAGGUCGCCCAAGUCUCCGCGCUGAUGAUAAAACCUCUAAAGAAUGGUCAGAAGGGCUUCGUGAUAUCAUCAAAAUGGUUGAAGAAGGUGUUUGCGCGCAGUUCGACCCAUGCCGAUAAAGCGGGUAAUGAAUCCCUGGAAAGCGAAUUGGGACCCGUUGACAACACCGACAUCGUCCUCGAUAUUGGCCCUCAGGAAAAUGGAUUGAAGGAUCAGAUAGGAGAGUCCUAUGUGCCGAUGCGCCCGGGUUUGCAGCACGGUGAACAUUACGAGAUUGUGCCGCAGGAGGCCUGGGAUCUUAUUAUGAAGUGGUACGGUCUGGCGAUUGGAUCUCCUGUCAUCACUCGCUAUGCCCACGACGUCAGCUCCCAUGGUCAACCCAACAUUGUUUACGAACUUGCUCCUCCGAUUGUCUCGAUUUUCAAGCUCUCGAAUCCGUCCGCGGGCAUGAGCCCUCAGUUGUUGAAGGAAAAGAACAUGUUGCCGAUCAAGGCUCUCGCAAGUCCUCAGACGAAUUUCAUGAAAUGGCUCAAAGAGGCCAAGGAGAUGGCAGGAAUUAAUAUGACAACCAAAGUUCGAGUAUGGAAGCUUCGUGGUGGAAUUCCCAGUGCAAAUCAAUCAACCUCGUCGACCCCCGCCGUUUCUCGGGCUGCUUCCCCCGCGCCCGCUCCAGCCUUUACCUCCUCCCACAAAACCCUCCUCUUAGACCUCAACACUUUCCUUUCUCUUGACGAAGGCGCUCAACGGGAGUUAUUGCAACGUGGCAAGGAUCAGACCAAUAAUUCUAAUUACAAUGGCAAGAUGAAUUUGUCGAUGGCUGGGUUGGUUGAGACUGAAGCACUUGUCCUGGAGGAAGAGAUUCGCAAGGGAGAAUGGGUCUCCGAGGCAUCGACAAAGACUUUGAAGAAGCUUGGAAUUCCAAUUGAGAAACCAAAGAAGGGUCCCGUCGCGUCUGUCAAAAGCGCAGAAAUUGGUGGUCGCGCUAGUCCAGCGCCUGUUGUGCCUAUGGGCAAGAGACCAAAGGGUGACCGGUUGGGUGUCACUGGAAUCGACAACAUGGGAAACACCUGCUACCAGAACGCCGCUACUCAGUGUAUCCGCGCAGUCGAGGAGCUUACUAUCUACUUCCUCUCGAAAAGCCAUAUUCGGGACCUUAAUUAUGAUAACCCUCUGGGUCACCAUGGUAAACUUGCUCAGGCAUAUGGCGGUGUCAUGCAAGACAUUUACCGAGACCCACCACCAUCACGUAUCCUGCCAAAGCGCUAUCGUCACACUGUCGGCCUGGUCAAUUCCUCUAUGGCUGGAUGGGAGCAGCAGGAUAGUCAGGAGUAUCUCAUGUAUGUCCUGGACGGACUGUCGGAAGAUCUCAAUCGCAUUUUGAAAAAGCCUUACAUUGAGAAGCCUGACUCAACAGAUGAGAUGGUUCACAACCGCAAGGCCCUGGAGGACUUCGCCGUCAAAUGCUGGGACAUCUACAAGGCUCGUAACGACUCCGUGAUCACAGAUCUGUUUUCUGGCAUGUACAAAUCCACCCUCGUAUGCCCAGAAUGCGACAAAGUCAGCAUCAUGUUCGAUCCCUUCAGCCACCUCACUCUUCCAAUUCCCUGUGACAGAGACAUCAUUUACCGCGAGGUUGUGUAUCUGUCACUCAACAAUCCCCCACAACGUUUCGUCGUCGAGGUGGAACAAUAUGGUACUGUGGAAGCCUUCAUAAAAUCCGUCGCUACACGCAAACAGAUCUCAUACCACCAAAUCAUCGGCACAGAAUCAAUCAAUGGUAGCUUCUACCAGGUGUUUGACAACCCCAACCAGAAUUUCGCCAGACUCCGCAUUGAACCCAAGGAUGUGGUGACUUUCAUUGAGCUGGACACACCUGAUUCCGAAGACCGCGUUCUCGUUCCUCUAUUUCAUCGACAGAACCAGGCCUCAAAGGGAAAGAAGAACAAGAACAACAGGCUCCAGACCGCACUUUUUGCAUUACCCACCAUUCUUUCCUUUAGCCGCCAGGAGGUCCGAGACUUGAAGGCUAUCUACAACAAAAUCCUGCGUCAUGUCGCUACCAUGACCACCCGCGAUAUUCUGAAUGAGCAGGAUCCACCAGCAGAGGAGAUUGAGGAGGGCCCUGAAGAUUCCGAUACCGUGGUUACCAAUGACGAAGAUGCCCGAUCGGUUGACUCGAAGGUCAAUACAUCAUCUAUUGAAGGCGAAGAAGGCAUUGUGAAUGUUUCAAUGCAGGAUGCCUCUCCGUCUUCGAGCCACCACACCGAAGACACUGAAGAACCAACCGAGACUACAACCCAUCCCUUGGCUGAUUCUUUCCCCCGUCACCUUUUAAACCUCUUUGAUGUCAAGUACGUCUCUAGUCAUGAGACGAUUUCCAAGGGUCGCAUGAUCAACAGUACUGCCAAUUAUCCCUUGGUCACCUCUCGAAUUCAAGUUUCACGCAAGACGUCCGAGGCUAGCUCCGGCGACGAAAACAGCGAGACUCGAAGUGUGUCAGACCGAUCUGAUGGCUCGAGUCUUGGGAUACAACCAAUGCCUUUCUUCCGCCGCGGCGACUCUAUUCUCCUUGACUGGAAUGAGGAAGCCUGCAAUGCUUUGUUUGGUGGUGAAACCAAGCAGAGCGGCAACAAAAAGAAGGUCGAGCAAGAUGGCAGCGACGAGGAUGACACUGAACAAGAUGAGGUCGAACUGGGCGUACCAACUCACGUUAACCCUGUUUUCAUUCCGGACGCAGACCUGAUCAAUCGUCGUGCUGCACGUGACGCCAAGAAGGAGUCUGGUAUUGAACUUGAUGACUGUCUGAAGGAGUUUAGCAAAGCAGAAGUCUUGUCGGCGAAUGACGCUUGGUACUGCCCUAGCUGCAAGGAGCACCGCGAAGCUCGUAAGAUGUUCGAGCUCUGGUCUGCCCCCGAUAUUCUUGUGGUCCACCUGAAGCGAUUCGUGUUCAAUGGGCAUCGUCGAGGCAAGCUGGAUACUCUGGUCAAAUUCCCACUGGAAGACCUCGAUCUCUCAGAGUACAUCAAGGGUCCCAGCGAUGGCAAGUCUCUCAAAUACGACCUGAUUGGUGUUGACCGCCACCACGGUACCAUGGGCGGUGGUCACUAUACUGCACAUGCUAAGAACUGGGUCACUGGUGACUGGUGUGACUUUAAUGACUCAACUGCAAGUAUCAUCAACCCGGCUCGCGUAUCCGGUAGUGCCGCCUAUCUGUUGUUCUACCGUCGCCAGUCUGCCGAACCCCUGGGUGGCCCAGCACUUCAGAAGAUUGUCAUGGACUACCGCAACGGCAAUAAGACUUCUCCCACAGCUCAAGCCGAAGAAGCAGAGUCUGAAGAAUCUGAAGAGUCUGAAGAGUCCGAGCACGAGCAUGAGCACGAUUCCGAGGAAGAGCCGGAAGCCAAUCCGCUGAGCAUCUUUGGCUCACCGUCUUGGUCUUUCAACCAACCCGAUGAUACUACCAAUAAUGAACACAAUGAUGAAGACCUUUUCGGAGAUAAUGAUAGCAAUGUCGCCGUCGAAGAUGGCUAUUCAGAACCUGGAGACCGCCUCCUGGAGCUUGGUAAUGAAGGUUCUAACUUUGAGGAUGUGCCACCUCUUCUUGAAGAUGGCUCUGAUGAUGAUUUACCUGUUGUGGAGUUACGAGUUGGUGAAGAAGACAAGAGUUAA